GCCUGCCGUGUUCGGCUCAGAACCGCCGGAAUUAACCAACGUUACCGGAUUGUGCGGAGAAACCGAAGCUAUGGCACCCGCCAAGAAGUCGACCUUGCCACCCAGUUACUUUGAAGGCUUCAUCGAAAAGGAUGGCAAGACGGUGUGGACUUGUCUAAGAGGAAAUACCCUGUACUUUUACGAGGACAUCAAGAAACCCACAUACACUGAGAAACUGGAACUUGGGAACUUUGUGUCGCUCACCGAAAAUCAAACCUUUGGCAAGAAAAAUAUGCCGCCAACCAUGAUGCUAAACCUGACAGACUGCAGUGUGAAUCUGAAGGCAACAAGUUUGGAGGCCCACAAGCAGUGGAAGGGAUUCAUCCUCUCUGUGGUGCAGCUGGAAGUACCCCGUUGCCUCACUCUUCUCCCAGGACAAAUCCAUGCCCUUCAAGAUGUGGUGUUACAAGAGACAAAACGUCAGAACAUGCUAAAACAGACAUUCAAACCACCCGAUACAGAAAUGGAGAACAACUAUGUGGAUGUGCUCAACAUUAUGCCAAAGUGCUUCUACCAAGUGUCCCGUACAGAGGCGGAGAACCUGCUGCGUAGACAUUCUCAAUUUGGUAAUCUGCUCCUUCGACCAAGCAAUGACGGAAUUUCCAAAGCCAUCACCACAUGCCUAGAGCACCAAGGGGCCACAAAAAUGAUGCACUAUCUGGUCAAACCAUCAGACGAUGGCUUCAUCCUUGAUGUGAUCCCACCGAUUGUCCGCAAGUCCCUACAGGACAUCAUUGAUGCCUUUAUUGAGAAGACAGAAAACACAACAUUACCUCUGAUCUUGGACCAAAGCUACGAGGACACAAUCAGUUUUUUCAAGGCAGAAGAGGAAAGCGGUGAACAUGUUUUGCAGAAAGCUACAGGGAGUUCUGUGCCCUUGGAAAAUAAAGAACCUCUGAAAAACAAGACCCCAGACAAGCCACCUCGCACAAAUCCCAAGGUUAAGCCAUUUCCUGCUCUACCUACGAAAAACAAUGAAAAGGCACAAACAUUACCCCAAAUAAAGCCAAAGCCAAAUUUGGGUCAACAUGGUGGGUUUCAGACGUUUCUGAUGAACUUCGCCUCAGACUACAACUAAGACGGAAGCAAGUUGACUAAGCAGAGAACCAAACACAUACGUCUUCCCUGGAAUUAAACUGAAUGGUGAUUUCGCCAGGAGAUUAAAUGCCUCAAGGCUGACUAAAUGAGGCUGGAUGUGCAAGUAUGGUGAGAUACAGGUUGCGGGACUACUACUGUGACUUUAAAUUAUGCUAACAUAUCACACUUGAUCCUGCAUGCGGAGCAUACGUUUCGGUAUGACGGAAGCACCUUCUUUAUGAUGGCACCAUUACACAAAUGGGUCCCCCCCUUCUGCACCCACAGGAAAUAUGGAACAGUAGAAGCACAUUGAAAAACAAGAAGGUUCGAUUCAUGUCUCAGACGCAGGGUCAACGCUCCUCUGUCUGGAUGGUUUAAAUACUGGGGCCAUGUUAGCUUGCAAGGCAUCAAAAGACGGGAGAGGAAACCUGUGCUGUUAACUCUAUAACAUGUGGGUAACAACCCAGCUUUACAUGAAGUGCGGUGUAUGAUCAUCACAUACGAACACACUUAGUAAUUCUCAUGACUGUGCUGGUCAAAGGGUUCUGCUAUCCAAAAUGGUAAUUAAAGAUCGGUUUAUCACAGA